AUGUUAAUUAAUAUUGGUAACGCAUUAAAUAUUAAUUGGAACAUCGAUUAUGGUGAACUGGCUUCUGACAUUGCCUUUGUCACAAAUUUUGAGGGUCUUAAAACGAGCUUAAUGGAGUUACAACAAUUACUUGAAAAUAUUUUGCCGUUAAGAGCAAAGUAUGAUACGAUGCCACUGCCAUCUCAAAUUGACAUAGAUUUAAUAGUAACUAUAACAUUAAAUACAUUAUUUUGGAUACAAUUGAAGUUAAAUGGUAUGGAUACUUCACAGCAUCCAAUAAAGUAUGAGCUGGUACGAAUUAAAAUGGUCAUGGAAGAAUGGCAAGCAGUAAAAGACAGAGAUAAAAGGCCAACAGUUGAUAUAGCUGCUGCAAAAAGGUUUAUUAAAAGUGGCUUGUAUGAUCGCUACCAGGGUGCAGCACGUCCAGACCCUUCAGGGGAACCAGUUACCAAGAAAAAUAAGCUUAAUGAAAACUGA